AUGUCAGUGUCAGACUCGGACUCAAGCCACGAAGCACUCCGCAGCGAGCUCUCCAGCAUCAUCACCGGCGUCGAAUCCCCCGUCGCUUCCCCCUCCACCACCCCGACUACCGCCCCCGAAGACGACUACACCCCCUUUCCCUCCCCCGUCCUGAGCGCUACCCGACUCGCUGGCUUAUCGUUGGGCGAAGAUGGCGAACUCGAGGACGAAGUCGACGCUGACAAGGUCAUCACGGAGGAGGACAAGACGAAGGCUUUGGAGUUGAAAGCUCAAGCGAACAAGGCUUUUGCUGCCAAAGAGUUCAACAAGUCUAUCGAUCUGUACAGUCGUGCGAUCGCGCUGAACCCGAAAGAUUCGACGUUUUGGAACAAUCGAGCGAUGAGCAAGGCAAAGAUGGAGGAGCAUGGUGCUGCUAUCUCUGAUGCCACCAAGGCCGUAUCCAUCAAUCCAUCAUACGCCAAGGCCUACUACCGCCGUGGUCUCUCCUACCUCGCGAUCCUCCGCCCCACCGACUCUGUACCCGAUCUCAAGAAAGCCUUGUCGAUCGAGCCCAACAACAGGGUCAUUAGAGAACAGCUCAACACCGUCGUCAAGCUGAUACGGAGGAUCGAAUUCGAGAAGGCCAUCUCCGUCGGCGAUACCGAGACUGCCUCCCAAAGAUGUCUAGCCCUCAUAGAAUCAGGCGCUUGUACCCUCGACCCCGCCUCCGCCGCUUCCGACAUGCCCCUCCCCACUAUCCCCUCCGACCCCCUCGCCCGAUACACCCCCACAAAAGAAUUCGUCGAAGGAAUGAUCGCGAGCUUCAAGAAGGGCGGAAAGAUUCCGAAGCGGGUUGCUUGGGAGAUCAUCUUGGGGUGUAAGGAGCAGGUGGAGAAGGAGAAGAGUCUGGUGGAGAUCGACAUACCGGAAGGCGUGACUUGUGAUAUCAUCGGUGAUACCCACGGCCAAUUCUUUGACGUCUGCAACCUCCUCUCCAUGACAUCCCCCCCGAGCGAGAACCACUACCUCGUCUUCAACGGCGAUCUCGUCGACAGAGGAUCAUGGUCCGUCGAGGUCGCCCUGACCGCUUUCGCCUACAAGUGGCUGUACCCCAAUUACGUCUUCAUCAACCGAGGCAACCACGAAACGAAUGAUAUGAACAAGGUGUACGGCUUUGAAGGAGAAUGUAAAGCCAAGCUUGGUGAGAUGACGUUCAAGCUCUUUGCCGAUGUCUUUACGAUGCUACCCCUCGCCGUCCUCCUCUCCGCUUCCCUUCCCCCCACCAGCCCCAAGUCCGAAGGCUCAGGCCCAAAGCCCGCCAUCCUCAACCAAGGCAAGAGACGGUUCUUCAUCUGCCACGGUGGUCCUCCUGUCAGCAAAGACGGCGUCACCUUGGAGGAAGUUUCAAAGCUUGAGCGAUUUGGGAGACAGCCGGGACAAGAAGGCGUUAUCUGCGAAAUGCUCUGGACCGACCCGCAAGAACCAAUCGGCCGUGGACCUUCAAAACGCGGUGUCGGCCUCGGUUUCGGCCCCGACGUCACUCGACGAUGGUGCGAGCUCAACAACGUUACCGCCGUCAUCCGGUCGCACGAAGUACGCGCAGACGGGUAUGCUAUCGAGCACGAUGGACUCUGUAUUACGGUGUUUAGUUGUCCUAAUUAUUGUGAUUCUACGGGUAACAAGGCUGCUUACAUCCGCAUGCAAGCCAACGGCGCGCUCUCUUAUCACCAAUUCGACGCCGUCCCCCAUCCCGACGUCAAGCCUAUGGCGUACUCCUCAGGCUUCAACCAGAUGGGAUUCUAG